AUGGCUACAAGAAACUCGGUCCCGUUUCAAAUUAUCCCGGGGAAGGGGCUAGGCUCCAUAGCACUCGGGGCCUCUCUACACAAUAUUUUGACACGAGUCAAAUCACACCCUCAGAUAUAUCCCUCUAUCGACCUUGCAUAUUCAUCCACGGAUCCUCUCCGUAUGCCGGUAGUGCUCCUUUUACCUUUGAACGGACUACGAUUGCGCUUCGAUGGCCCCGACCAGAGACUCCGUUUAAUUGAAGUCCUAGAUUUUUCGAAGGUGAACCUUGUAUAUAAGAGCCAGGAUGUGAUGAAGGGAGGCAAGUCAGUCGAGCAGCCUGCCUCUCCACAGGGUCCCAACUUUCGACAUGUCUAUAACCGUCUCUUCGGACCAUCGUACCCGGGAGAGUACAUUGCGCCGACAGAUCAGUCACCCUAUGGCACAUAUGUUCUUUCGUAUCCGGGGGUUGCAUUCUCAUUUCCUCUCCAGCAUUUGGCUUGGUCCGAUCAAUGCGAUUUUGUAGCGCUCCUUUCAUCCACGGCCGCGCUUUCAGCUACCUCCAUGUCCAUUUUCCAAGGAUCAUCCUGGCCAGAGACACGGGCAAAUUUGUUCACCCAGCAGCCACAAUACCCACGCUCCUCGGCCGUCAUUGGCAAAACGCGUGACUCCUUUGCUGAUGAAGUCGAAGAGAUCCAUAUCAUUGGAGCAGGGAAGUUAGAAGUAGUCCGGCGAUCCAGUCCUCCGUUGGCCAUAAAUCUUGGUGAAACAACGCCACAGGAUCUAAUUGCUGAAUUUGGUCCACCGGAUGCCAUUUACCGUAAACACGAUCGACGAAUCUCAAUACAUCGUGCAGUUGGGGGUGGGGAUCAGCUCCACCUGAGUCCCUCGCCAGGCCGCGGAAUUGAUAUUCCAGAUACUGAUCACUCCUCCACUAAUAGUGUCACUGAUGAUUCAGACGACGAGAUAUACCUUGGCAAUGCUGGAGAUCCAGCAUCUCUACCUGCGGAGUGCUUCUUCAAUUAUUUUCAUCAUGGUUUCGAUGCUUUCAUAUCAUAUCCCACUUCACCUGGACCGGCAUUUCCUGCAUCUGGACUGUCUGAUCCGGUCCCACCACCUUCAUCGUCGCAGUUGACAGUCACCAAGAUGAUAUUGCAUGGAAACGUUCCGGGGUCAUAUCCCUUCAAUCGUCAUCGUCGAAGUCGUUGGAUGAUCCACCUCAACGAGUCUGAUGAGGGCCUGACCUCGGAGUCUCCAUAUGAUGAGAUUUCCCAAGUGCUGCGCGAUGCAUGGAAGGGAUCGUAUACUAGCCCAGCCGAAGAACGAGCGCUGCAACGACCGAUGGUAUUAAAUCGCGGGUGGGGCGAUAGUCCAGAAAGCAGCGUCGAGUUCCUAGGUGGGUGGGAAGAAAGCACUGGCCGAGGAACGCGGACAGGACAAGAGGGCCAUGACGGCAGCCUGGGCAACACGGAGCUAUUUGGGUUCCCAGGACUGUUAUUUGAAGUGUUGAAGAACGGCGCAGUGAGCUGUUUAACGGUUUAUUAA